UUCCCAAGCUUCUCUCUCUCACCUUUAUCAUUUCUUGCAAGAUCUGGCGAAAGGAAAGUGCAAUCAUUCUCCGGCUAACAGCACUCGGAAAUGGCGGGAAAACUCUUUGUGUUCGUAGUCAUCGAAAUCUUGGCCUGCUGCGCCUCCCUCUCAGCUGCGAAGUGCGAACCUACCUGCCAGGGACACGUCGCGGGGGACACCAUCCCAGACCCUCUCAACUGCCACCAGUUCUACAUCUGCCUGGACACGCUGGAGCCAACCCCUGCCCCCUUUGCGUGCUCGGACGGCGAGGACUUCGACAGUGUAACGCUUUCCUGCAUGAAUCCCUCGGAUCCUAGUUAUGUCUGUGACAAGUCUUGCUUCGUGUGCGAAUACGAGUGCGGUUCGAAGCCUCUGGUCUCGGAUCCCUGGGACUGCUCUCUGUUCUACGAGUGCGCCGAGGGAGGCGCUGGAACGGCCAUGAGGUGCUCCGGCGAAAAGCCUUUCUUCGAUGGCUACGUUUGCCAGAGCGACGAGGCCAAGUGCUGCAGCUGCAUCGCCUACUGCGGCACAGGAGACCUGGGCAGAUACAUCCCCGAUCCACAAAACUGCCGCGGUUACUACCAGUGCCUGAACAGAGGCCCUGCACAGGAAGCUCAUCACAGCUACUGCACUGCCGGCCACUUCGACUUCCUGCACCAGAAGUGUAGCCUCUCCUUCCCCUGCUUCGGGCUGUGCUACUCCCACCCUCCCGAGGAGUGCAUUGAGACCUUCGUGUGCGAGGCCGAGGGCUUCUUCCCGAAGUGCCCGACGAUGUGCGACCCUUCCUACUACGAGUGCUCGGCCAACGACGUUGGGUUUGUGGUCGAGGCGAAGCAGUGCCCUGACGGCCUGCUCUUCGACCCCGUCACCGCCACCUGCGUUCGCGACCUCGAUUGUCACGCGAGCUCUUAGGGCGGGUCUCAAUGAACGGGUUUUCUCAUGAUUUCAACCUGAGGAUUUGGAUUAAUAAAAUUUUCAACACGGA